CGUCGGUCGUUCGUUCCGUCCGUCAGUCGACAUUGGUUGGAGAGGCUAGUAGCUACAGUGCUGACAAUCUAUAUGGUGAGUGGACAUUAGUUUUGUAGUUAAGUUUUGUAAGUCUGGUCUGUUUGUUACGCAACUUGCACACCAAUGUCUUCUGUCAGGUAUUUUCCAAAGGAGUGAUUGUCCUCCAUGGAUUUCAGACGGUUAAAGCAAAGGCUGGUGAUGCAGUCACCAAAGCGGCUCCGAGACGUUCCAGUUGUCUGUCAGCGUCGAUAUGGCUCCAGCAGUGCAGAUUCUGGUCCACAGUGUUCUUCCCAGUGAGAAUGUAGUUGCUGCUAGUGUGCCGUUUGAUACUGAUAUGUGUUUCCAGAACCAGGUGUCUCUGCAGUUUUCUCCAGCUACGGCUGUUCCUGCGGAGGGAAACGUUCUGAUGGUUUCUGCUCAAGCGGGAUCUCUGUGUAGCCUCAGUGCUGUAGAUCAGAGCGUCCGGAUCCUGGAGCCAGGAAGACGUCUGAGUGCUGAAGGGUGUCUGUGUGCCUCAAUCAGGUUUUUGUUUGGGCUUUAAAUCUGAAUAUUUCAGUGUGUGGCACUUCUGAUUAGAAUGCCACUUCAGUGUACCCUAGUGUCUGAAGUACAAGGGCCUGAGUUUUUGUCGCAACUUCAGUGUCAGUAUGUCUGUUAGUUUGAUUCUUGUUCUAGAAAUUGGUACAUGACUUUAAGAAAAAAUGAAAACAUGUCUUUUGUGUUGUAAUGGUCUAUACUAGCUUUUGUUACUGAAUGUGAUCUUUUAAUGUUCUGUCCGUUCCGUCCGUCGGUCGUUCGUUCC